AUCCUGUUCAGUUUCCUUUGCGCUGAGAUCGUUACUGACGUGGAGAAAUAUUGAGCAAUAUCGUGGUAGCAGUGAGACCAGCACGGUGUUUGUUAGACUAUUGAACAGAUGGUGCAUUUCUGGGCAGCUGUUACUGCUGGUUACAAGGUUGUGUUUGGCAAGGAAGCUGGACUUAACUUUGUGUAUAGAUUUGGAGACGUUUUUUUUUUUACCUUUGUUUAAAGAUUUGUAAUUUUGUUUGCAGAGUUACUACUCGUUGCUUUUUUGCUUAAUGAUUUGUGCAGCAAUUUUCAGCCAGCUGAGGUUGUUCAUUUGUGUGUUUUUAGAAAUGAACAUUGUCUUGACUUGACUAAAUUUGGUAAGAAUAGUCAAGUCAAGGCAAUGUUCAUUUCUAAAUUUGCUGAGGAAUCUAAAAGGCAUGCAACAGUCAACCCUGCCCUUAUGACUGCAUAUCAAAGGUCAUUUUUAUGACCUUUGGUAUGACUCUUUGUUAGUGACUGUCUGAAAUCGAACAUAAAAUUUUUCUGUCUCCAACUUUAAGAAGGAGACUAUAGUUAGUGAUCCAAACUUAACAUCAGGGAAUCUAAAAUUGCUACCUUCAAAGGUUAUGUUGAUGCACAAAGUAACCGCAGCACUAUCUGCCAAACACAUCACACCUAGUUACUGUGUCUAUCUGAAAAGUUUUACAUGAGUCAAGAAGGUUUUCUCUUUUCUUUCUUUGCUGUAUUUGUUUUUAAAGUUGCGCUAGUUUGGUUGAACUUGUUGAAACUCCAGUGUUGUGUCAGAGUUUCAUGAUGAAGAAAUACCAGUCAGAAAAACUUCACAGAAUUUCACCAGUUUAGACUUCUAGUUAAGCUUCAGGCCAUAGAUGGGUUUCUGCAGAGAGGUGAUAAGAAUUAACCCAGUCAUUUAAAUUAUAGCUUGGAUGUGGAGAAAAUCUCCUGACUGAACAUUAUACUGUCUAAUUAUUGUUACUUAAAGUAUGUCUUGCCACUGAUAAUUUCUAGCAUUUUUAUAAAUUGUUUUUAUUUAUAUAAUUUGAAAAUGCUUUCAGCCUCCUUGAUUUCAUCCUGGGAGAAGUGUUGUUAGAUAUGGCGCAAUGAUUGUAUGAAAUACAAUUUAUUUAUUUACUAUAUAAGCUAAGUUUUAAUGCAUUUCAGCUGAAACUGGAGUUCUAAAAUGGUUUUCUGGUUUGCUGGCGUGGUGUUUUUGCAUGUGCAGUUUCUUUUUCUUAAAUUGGUAUUUAUUUCAUUUCCUUCCAUAUUUCCCCACACAGACGUUUUUUCAGAGGAUGUCCUCUGUGAGAAAAUUGCUGAUUUAAUGACUAGUUUCACAGAAAACAGGAUUUGGUUAUGUUAAAUUAUAGCCUCUGUCAGCAACAUGCAUAGUGGUGUAAACCUGGAAAGAACAAAUGGUAGUUUUUCCAUUUAUCAAAUAUGGAGGGAGAGUCCUAAUAAUUUUAUCUGAUUUCCUCCAGCUUUCAGUUUUCCCCUGUUUUUCUGCUGUAGAAACAAAAACACAGACAUGCAGCGGCUGUGAAGUAUAGACAACAUCAGUUAUGGAAAUCAAAAACAUGCCCACUCCUUUACCUCAAUGGAAUAUUCCAAAAGUAGUCACGUUUACAGCGCAAACAGAAAAAAUGUGGUGGAAAAUGAAUAAUAGCUUUGUUUUUAUCACCGACAUUAGCUUCAACACCGAAUUGUAAUCACUUUACCAUUACAAUGGUAUUGUGUCAUUACAAUACCAUUGUAAUCACUUUAGAUUUCAGGUAAAUUAAAAAAAAGUUGUCACGUUCUCAUUGUUGGUAAUCAGAUGGAAAGAAAUGACUAAGUUUCCAAGCAUUUCCAGACAGGAAACCCCAACAGGGGAGGAAUGGGGAAAUUUGUGAUUUAGUUUCUUGUAAUUAGCGGGUUGCCUGACAAUCAUUGUGAGGUCAUUUCCUCUCUGGGACUUGAAACUUCUUUUUUUACACAAUUGUUUAGUUUUGGCUUCCCAUGUGUUAUCUAUAACAAAUAACCAGAUGAAUUUAGUCAUUAUUUUAGUUGGUUGAGUCUAACAAAAUCCAUUAAAGAAUGCAUUUAAUGGAUCCAUUAAAGAAUCCAUUAAGACAACAACAACUUUCCUCAACUUGUCGUUGAGGAAAGACAACUUACAAUCCAUAUCAAGCAGGGUUAAAGAUUUUCUAGCUGUUCAUCCAGUGGAAAUUUAUAAUUAUUAAACUUUACAUUACAAACCUCAGAAUUAAAUCGCUUUCCUCUAGUUUUUGGUGCGACUGCAAACAGCAACGUCUUCUAACGUAAUAAAUAUAUUCUAAAAUUACUAGGCCUUUUAUAAAAAAUGUGCUCAAUGUAAUAUUGAGAAAAUGUGCUUCUUUAUAAAUAAAACCUGCACCGUCGUCCUAUCACGUAAAUGUUAGUGGCUCUUACUUAAUCCACCAGAUGGCAGUAAAGAGAAAACCAGACCAUUUGCAGCAUUAAACGUACACCGUUUAAUGGGUUCAUGUGCUAUAAAAUACCAAUGAAAAUGUGAGCAUGGGCAAAAGACGUGUACCGAAUAAUGAAGUUAAAUAUAUGACGAGUGAUAUUUUUGUGACGAACCAGAUAAGAAGCUUUGUAGGAUUAAUUUGUGUUGCAAUUCUGGUGUUGGAUUUCCCAAAAAACUAACACCCAAAUACAUCAAGUAUUUUGCAGCCUUCAUGUAGAUUACUUGUACUGCCAAGUUGGUGGCAGUGCAGGCGAGGUUAUGAGUUAGGGUUUGCGUAAUUAUUGUAAGAAUCAACCACUUUUGAAGUUCGCACAACUUUAUGGGAAUUAUUUGUAUGCCAUGCCAAGAAUUUUGUUACAUAACGUUUAGGACUUUUUGCAAAGAUCUCUAGUUACAUCAGGAUUCCCGUUGAGUUUUGGAAAAACCAGGUCAACAAGUUUUAUUCAACAGUUGAAAAAUUGCUUACAUGCACAGUCUUGUCUUUUUCAGCUGCAUAGAAAACAGAUUUUUUGUUCAUUUCUUUCAUUGAAAAAGUUAGUUUGUAAAAAACCAAGACAUGGAAUAUGAUACGUAAAUAGGAAUAAGAGGAACAGCUUGCAGUUGUGUUUUUCUUUCUGUUCUUAAACCUGCACAGCUUACUGUGAUGCAGUAGACGUUUUUGAAUAUAAUUUGAAAAAUCUUAACCUGGCCACAGGUGAUUGCAGUGAAACAGAGACACAUGUUUGAUGGUUUUUGCAUGGUGGCUUGGUAGUAAAAUGCAGUAAUCUGGAAUCGGUAGUAAAAGGCAGAACAGAACCAUCUAUUCCGCCUUGACAGACCCAAUAACACAAUUAGGAAAAAACACAAGAUCAGAAAGUCCAACUGUCCCAGAACCAAGACAUUCACUUUAAAACCAGAAGAGUUUCUGACAACUUUAGUAGUUUUUCAUUUUCAAGUUGGACGACACAUAAAAAUUUUGACUACCAUUUUGUAUUUGCAUCAACCAAGUCUCACGCAAACAAAAUAUUUCACUGGAAUUUUAUGUGCAUAAAAGUAGAUGCUCACUGGUUUUCAAAUUUCAUACAAAAUGAAAUUGAAAAAGAAUGGUGAGGAUUUGAAGUUCCUUCAGUUAACUCAGAAACUCAGUGAAACUUGGUGGUGGUAGUGUCAUGAUGUAGGGAAAAUUUUCUUUAGCACAAACAGGGAAGCUAAUCAGUUGAUGGUGGCUAGCCUGACUUUUGUGUUGGUCUGUAAAAUCCCAAUGAAAUCCAUGGCAGGUUGUGGUUGUAAGUUGAGAAAUGUGGAAACAUUUUAAUAUAUUUGCAAGUCAAAGCACACAUUGGGAGUGUUGACCUUUGUUUUCUGCUGCUUUCCUUCCACAGUUUGGUGCAUCAUCAGUUUCAUGGAGAAUGAUGGCUCGCAUCUCUUUGGACUCUCAAAACUCUUUACCAGGAAUUCCUUUGAGUGUGCUGUCUGUGCCCAUGGAGAAUAAGUACAAAUGUCAGCAGUGUCUCCAGGUCCUGAGGAAACCUGUCCAGGCUCAGUGUGGCCACCGCUUCUGUGUGCACUGCUUCAAGCUGCUCACCAGCGCCGGUCCAAAGCCUUGUGAAGCCUGCCGCCAAGAGGAGAUCUAUGAAGAGCCCAUGUCCAUCCUGAACGGUAAUGAGGCGUUUCCAGACAACGCAGCCGGUCGAGAAAUAGCGAGUCUGCCUGCCAGGUGUUUGAACCAGAGCUGCAGCUGGACUGGAUCUAUAAAAGAGUACGAGGCUCAGCAUGAAGGCCGCUGUGAAUACGAACGGGUGCAGUGCGAGGCCUGCCAGGCCUCCAUCCUCCUCAAGGACAAGGACAGACACAACGAGAGAGAAUGUGAGGCGAGAACUCUCAACUGCAAAUAUUGCAAAGUCACCUUCAACUUUAAAGACAUUAAGGCCCACGACGAGAUCUGUCUGAAGUUUCCCUUACAAUGUAAAGAUUGCGGCAAGAAGAAGAUCCCCAGAGAAAAGUUCAGUGACCACAUCAAAUCCUGUGUCAAGUCGAAGAGCGCCUGUCCAUUCAGCGAAGUGGGCUGUAAAACUGUGAUAGAGAACGGGAAGCUGAGCGACCAUGAGCACAGCAGCACCAUGGAGCACCUGCGUCUGCUGCUGCCGAUGGUCCUGACGAUGACCCAUCCGCGAAGGGAGGCCCUCGGAUCCGGGGAGCUGCAGGAGGACUCGGGUCUGGGUCUGUACAGAGCUCCUGAGGAGGGAGACGGAGGUGCAGCCGCCGCACAGCCUGUAGACCUGGAAAAAAAAGUAAUUGCUUUAGAAAACAUUGUGUGUGUCCUGAACCGGGAAGUGGAGCGCAGUUCCCUCACCCUGGAGGCUUUCGCCCACCAGCAUCGACUAGACCAGGAGAAAAUUGAAAACUUGUCGAACAGGGUGCGGCAGCUCGAGCGAACGGUGACCAUGAGAGACCUGCAGCUGUCGGAGACCGAGCAGCUGGUGCGCGAGCUUCAGAACUGCACCUACGACGGGAUAUUCGUCUGGAAAAUCACCGACUUCUCCCGGCGCAGACAGGAGGCCGUGGCCGGCCGAACGCCUGCCAUGUUCUCACCUGCAUUUUACUCCAGCAAAUACGGCUACAAAAUGUGUCUCAGGCUUUAUUUGAACGGCGACGGGACCGGACGGGGGACGCACCUCUCCCUGUUCUUUGUGGUCAUGAAGGGAAAGUGCGACGCUCUGCUGAAGUGGCCCUUCAGUCAAAAGGUGACUCUGAUGCUCCUGGAUCAGAACAACAGGGAGCACAUCAUCGACGCCUUCCGACCCGACAUCUCCUCCACCUCCUUCCAGCGGCCGAUCAGCGAGAUGAACAUCGCCAGCGGCUGCCCGCUCUUCUGCCCGCUGGCUAAGCUGGCCGGCAAGAGCCCAUAUUUGAGAGAUGAUACGAUAUUUAUCAAAGCAAUCGUAGACCUCACAGGCUUGUGAUGUGCACUGUGGAAGAUGCACUGAAAUCAAACAUGGAAAUAGUUCUAAGAAAAUAAUAUUAGCCUCUCUUGCUCCAUAUAUAUACAUAUAUAUAUAUAUAUAUAAAUACAAAUAUACAUGCUAAUAUAUGAAUAAUAAUAAAAUAAUAAACUAUAGAAACAAAUAAAUAUUAUAUUAUAAUAAAAGUCAGAAAACAUGUAACUGACUAGCAUAUCAUAAAAUAUCUUUAAUAUGUUUUAGCAAAUUAUAGUCAUCAUAGCGCCUUUAUUGCAAAUUAAUGCAUAGCUUUCAAACGAUUAGUGAGAAAAGUUGGAACUUUUCUCUAGAAUAAAAAUAGUAAGACAAAUCAAAAUUGUCCAAAUGAUAAAACUUAACAUCACUUCUAACCUGCUUAAUAGUAAGAAAACAUAACGGGGGGCUUCGCAGCUUCACAUUAAAAUGUACAAUAUGUGGUGCAAGUUGUUGCUGGAUGUUUGUGAUGGUGCAGUCAGUAAGCGUGAGCGGGUUUCUAAACCCUGUCGGAAAAAAUACGUAUAAAUGAAUGGUGGCUUGAAAUCUUUUGAUUUAUUGUAAUUAUUUGUGUAUUGUUUAACUGUUUUUUUUUUUGCUUAGUUUUAAUUCAAUAACAAAACAAAAAAAGUAAACAGCCUCGAAGCCAAAACAGUAAAAUAUAUUUCGAUAAGGAGAAACAUAUUUUGUUAUUACAAUGUAAUACAACAAUUAAGAACAUGUAACAUUAUACAAAAAAUGUAAAAUAUCUAUUUAAAGAAACCAUAACAUGAAUUAUUUUGUAGUUGGAGCUUUAUUGAGGAAUUAUACUCUGACUUUCUUUAAAGGGGUAUUUUAAUGAAAAAUACUAUCAGAAUACCUCAGGAUGGAAGUCGAGUUGUGCAAUUUCAUUUGUCAAAAUGGAUUUUGUUUGUUUUAAGUAAACAAAAUUGCCUUUUAGGCUGUAAUGUUUGUUGAACCACUGCAGGAUAUUUACCAGCAGCUGUUAAACUGCGACUUCUAGUUGGUCAAUUUGUUUUUACAUUGUUCAUUGAACUCAAUCUAUGGAAAUGUAAUGUACGCCAGUCAACCUAUGGUGAUUUAUACACUUUAAACAUGUAGGUAAUAUUUAUUUAUUUUGGUUUCAGUAAAUCUUUAACUCCUAAAAUUGCCUUGUGGCAAAUAUUUCAAAAAAUGUGAAAUAAACAUUUAUUAAAAGCAAUAUUACUACUUUGUAAAAAAUACCUAAUCAGCAAGGCAACAUAACCUAGUCAAUAUAAUCAAUUAGUCAAAUACUGUAUCCAGGUUACUUGCUGUAAUCGAUAUGUUAACUAGUUUCUCACUUCAGUUUUACACUUGUGGAGAGAGCUUUAUUGAUUAUUACUGUUUUAAAUAUCUAACACCACUAAACACUCAAAGCUAUUUAAUAUAGCAGUAUAUAAUAAUUAGAAAAUUAUCUAAAUACAUUGAGCCAUUUUAGUUUCUAUAACUUUCUGUAUUGAUGGCAGAGAUUUAUUUAAUAAUACUGCUUCAAUAAAAGACUUUAAACCA